GAAAGAAAGAAUCAGUGACGUAAGCAUAAGGGGGUGGGGUCUCGGGGUGAGGAGCCAUGGCUUCAAUGAAAACUGAGCCCUCCAGUUUGGCCAAUGGGAAUUCAGGCAAGAGGGAAACUAUGAAGUCCGAGGGGACAAAAGAGUCUCGCAGUGAUCAAGACGAGGGAGGAGAUGAAGAUCACUCGAACGGGCAAGCCAACCCUCUCAAAGAGGCCAAUGAGCUGAAUGGGACCUAUGAAAACACGGACACAAAGAGAACUGAACAGAACCUCUCUGCAGGGUCACCAGCCCGAUCCUCAACCAUGGAGAAUGGACUGUCAGAGACUGAGCCGCCCCAUGGCUCUACAGUGGGCAGUAAUGGAUAUAUUCUAAGCAAACAGCAGGAAGACACAGUGUCAGCCCCACAUAGGACUAACUGGUCCCCCGUAGGGGGUUCCACAUUGGGGCAUGGGACUAAAAGCUCGCCAACUUCAGCUUCUACAUUGCGACCCCCUGACCAGGGUUCUUCAAACAGUACUGCAAGCCCAGGACCGAGCCCAAUAGAGAGACGAGCGGACACAGAGACUAAAAACGGCAUAGUAUCGAAUACACCUCCACCAACGAUACAUCGCGCACGCAAAACUAUGUCAAGGCCGGCCUCAAACCAGUCACUAAAGCUUUUGAAUAGGGAAAAUAAGGAGCCAGUCGUGGUGAAAGAUGACAGUCUAGGCAAACCAGAGACAGUGCAGCCUCAGCCAUCUCCAAUCCAGAGUCAGCUACCUCAAAGCCAAACUGAUGCCACAUCUAUACUGAACACCACACCAGCCAAGCCACAAACAGUUGAACCCAGACCUGUCUCUCCCUCAGUAGCAGCUGUGUCAAGGAAGAAGAAAAGAAAGAUGGGAACUUACAGUCUUGUGCCCAAGAAGAAAAAUAAAGUCUUGAAACAACGCACAGUUCUGGAGAUGUUUCAGCGUAUGUCCCAGUCUCCACCCAACCCUCAGCUGUCAAAGGAAUCCGUGCAUGUGAAUGGCGAGAGAAUGGAGAAUGAGUCUGAUGAAGAAGAGUCAGAGGAAGGAGAAGACACGGAGGAGGAUGAGGAGCUGGUCAGAGAGGAUGGAGCCAAGGCCUCUCAGGAGGGACCCAAGAUAGCUUCAGUUUCUCAGCCUCUUGAAGAAGAACAGGAGUCUGAGGAGUCACCAGAGGGCGAAGGUGAAGAGGAAGGGGAUGAAUCAGACAUGAGUUCAGAGUCCAGUUUGAAAAAGAAAUGGAAAAAGAAAGUCAAGGGGGACCACGCCUGGCUCCGACCAUCAAGGAAACGCAAGAGGAAAUCGAAAGCGAAAACAGAAGGACUUUCAGGAAUGGAGUCCCAGUCUCAAUCUGAGAGCCAGAGCUCCCCAUCAGCCCCUUCUGACAACAGGAAAGAGUAUAAAGAAGUCCCACUAGACUCCCUCAACCUAGCGGCACAGGAAGCCUUACUGUCAUCUCAGAGUACAGCUGUUUCAGGGUCAGUGGAGAGCACAGACGCUGACAUGGUGCAGGAACUGCCCCUUUGCAGCUGUCGAAUGGAGAUGCCCAAGAGCCGAGAGAUUCUGACGCUUGCGGACAGGAAGUGUAUGGCGACUGAGAGCAUUGACGGUCAGCUGAGCCGUUGUCAGAGUGCAGUGCUGAAGCACGAGAUGAUGAGGCCUUCAAACUCUGUCCAACUGCUGGUUCUGUGUGAGGACCAUCGCACGGGCAUGGUCAAACAUCAGUGCUGCCCAGGCUGUGGCUUCUUUUGCAGAGCCGGUGUCUUCAUGGAGUGUCAGCCAGAGGUGAACAUCUCCCACCGGUUUCAUCGAGCCUGUGCCUCGGUGCUCAACGGUCAGAGCUUUUGUCCACACUGCGGAGAGGAGGUCAGCAAGGCGAAAGAGGUCACCAUUGCCAAGGCCGAUACGACGUCUACUGUGCCUCUCACCCACGGCCCCUGCACGCCCAGCACCUCAGAGGGCAAAGCGGACACUACCACUGGAGGGUCCACUCGGCUCUCUGUUCUUGGAGAGGGCAAAGCAGAUAGCACCUUACCCAGACCUACACAGUCACAGGACACAUCUGUGUCCCCUUUGUACUCGAAAACUGGGCCUGUUGGAGCUGAAUUUGGAAACGGACUUCCACCAGGACCACCUAAAGAAACUCUGGAAAGUGUCCUGCUGGCUCUAGAUGCAGAGAAACCCAAAAAGCUUCGAUUUCACCCAAAACAGCUGUAUAUUUCUGCCAAACAAGGAGAGCUGCAGAAGGUCCUACUGAUGUUGGUGGAUGGGAUAGACCCUAACUUUCAAAUGGAGAGCCAAAACAAACGCACACCGCUCCAUGUAGCAGCUGAAGCAGGUCAUCAGGAAGUCUGCCAUAUGCUGGUCCAGGCUGGUGCAAACCUUGACAUGUGUGAUGAGGACCAGCGGACGCCCCUGAUGGAGGCCUGUGAGAACGAUAAUCUUGACACAGUGCGCUAUCUUCUGAGAGCUGGAGCCAUUGUCUCUCACAAGGAUGUUGAGGGUUCAACAUGUCUCCAUCUUGCUGCUAAGACUGGGCAUUUCGGCAUUGUACAACAUUUGCUGUCUACAGGAAUUGUAGAUAUUAACUGCCAGGAUGAUGGAGGUUGGACAGCCAUGAUUUGGGCCACGGAGUACAAACAUGUAGACCAAGUAAAACUCUUGCUCUCCAAAGGGGCUGAUAUCAACAUCCGAGACAAGGAGGAAAAUAUCUGUCUGCACUGGGCAGCAUUCUCUGGCUGUGUGGAGAUAGCUGAGAUCCUGCUGGAUGCCAAGUGUGAUCUCAAAGCCAUCAACAUCCACGGAGACUCACCGUUGCACAUAGCGUCACGGGAGUGCCGGCUCGACUGUGUGAACUUGUUUCUGUCGCGUGGUGCUGACAUAAGCCUCAAGAACAAAGAGGGAGAGACGCCCAUGGAUUGCUGCAGCCAGAACUCGAAGGUUUGGAACGCCCUUCAAGCCAGCAAAAAGCAGAGAGAAGCUAACAGCAACCAGACUAGCCCAGUAGAGAAGCUUCUCAACAGGGACAUCGCCAGAGGCUACGAGAAGGUCCCCAUUCCGUGUGUGAAUGCAGUGGAUAGCGAACCUUGUCCUGACAACUACAAAUAUGUCCCCGAUAGCUGUGUGACAUCCCCGAUGAACAUUGACAAAAAUAUCACCCACUUGCAGUACUGCGUCUGUAAAGACGAUUGCUCCUCAGCUAGCUGCAUGUGUGGCCAACUCAGCCUGCGCUGCUGGUAUGAUAAAGAGAGCCGUCUGCUGCCUGAGUUCUGCAAUGAGGAGCCACCUCUUAUAUUUGAGUGCAACCAUGCCUGCUCCUGCUGGAGAACCUGCAAAAACCGUGUGGUACAGAACGGACUGAGGAUAAGACUGCAGUUGUUCAGGACGCAGAUGAUGGGAUGGGGUGUCAAGACAUUACAGGAUAUCCCUCAAGGAACGUUUGUUUGCGAAUACGUGGGUGAGAUCAUCUCUGACACCGAAGCAGAUGUCAGAGAGAAUGACUCCUAUCUUUUUAGUCUGGACAGUAAGGUGGGUGAUAUGUACUGCGUUGAUGCACGUUUCUACGGCAACAUCAGCCGCUUCAUAAACCAUCACUGUGAGCCGAAUCUGUUCCCCUGUCGAGUGUUCACCUCUCACCAGGACCUCAGAUUUCCUCACAUCGCGUUCUUCGCCUGUAAGAACAUCAGUGCCGGAGACGAACUUGGGUUUGAUUACGGUGGUCACUUCUGGGACGUAAAAGGGAAGCUGUUCAGCUGCCAGUGUGGCUCAUCCAAAUGCAAGCACUCAGCAGCCACCAUCGCCCAGAGACAGGCAGACAGUACUCCAGGAUACCAGCAGCCCAGCGCCCUGCCCGAUACUAGCUCGUCCACCCCAUCCAGCCCCAGCUAAGCCCAUCUUUCUAGCAUAAAACAUCCGGUUCUCCUACUUCUACCAGCCUGUCACCUCCCAUCACCAGCACAGGCACACCUCUGCCAUCUCUAAUCAGCUCCGGUUACCAACCCGGGCCACUUGAUGCUACACCCACAGUGCCAUGUUUAGCUCUGGUGGUCUGAAAGCCUGAUUGGUUGAAGCAGUUUAGGGGUUUAAAGUCUCGAAGGUGAGAGGUGCACAACUGAACUGGUUUUUCAGGUGUUCGGUAUGCACAUUUUGUAUAGGUUUUUUAUUGUCAGGCAGCCCCUUUGGAGCACGAUCUUGUUUGACAUCAUCAAAAGAGCUCAAAGUGGAGUUUUUUUUCUCUUUUAAUGGAAAUUAAUGGAUUUUGCAACAGGCUUCCUUUGAAAACUACCUAAUUCUUGUCGCACAAUGUGUUCUCCUGCCCGACUCGAUCUUCUGCGUCAUUUCUUGUCAUCUUUUAUGAACCGUAUUCUUCGAAGUUUUACUUUACCAGUCAAGGAUUCCCAAAUCCAAAAUGAGUUUCAAAUAAUGUUCAUUUAUGCGUCUGUUUGUUUUACUUUUCUUCUGAUUUUAGUUUUUGCACAUUCACGGAAUAUGCAGAAAAUGAUGUAAAGGUAUUCAAAGACCAACCUCUUUUGUUUUUUCUUUCCCACUAGCCCUUUCGGAGUCCUUCAGUGGGCUGUAUUAACUUGGGAUGAGCUGUAGGCUAGCAGUCAUUGGACGUUAGCGCCCAUCGCGCGCGUCCUCUGAUUGGUUCACAGACGCAGGACGUCAUGUCAGUGCUACCAAAAUCAUGAAAAGGCCUAUGAACAGGACAUUUUUGGCCUAUAUAUUCAGCCCAGUUCUUGCGUUUUAAUGGCGAAUCGCCACUGGAAGUGCAAAUGAAUCCUGGACGAGUCUAAAAACAAGCCCUAUGGGUUAUUUCCUGCAUGUUACAGGCCUGGAUAGACACGGCGGUUGUUAAAUGCAUAUUACUUGCACCCACAUCAAUGCAA